CUCUCACUAAAUUUAGCGCCUCACUCCUGAAACAACGGAUCAAAACCAGACUCACUGUAACAAACGAAAGAACAAAAAUAAUGCUCCCCGGAAAACAAAAAUAGAGAGAUUUUCCAAGAUUUGAUGUCUAAAAAACCUAAUUACGAGUUUCAGGAAUGGUGGAACAAAGAAAAAGAGAAACAUAAAUCUGAAAUCAACUCAGAGAUCUCCAGUAAUAAUACUUCUACUAGUACCAGUAACAAUCAUCGCGAUGUUGAUGAUGAUGAAGAUGAUGAACAUAGAAGAAAAGAAGUUGGUAGAAGUAGAAAUGCUCGGCAAAUUUCAUUUGUUAUUCUUCUUAAAUUUCAACAAAUUUCGAAUUUCUUAGCUUGGUUAAUCAACGGUUUCUGUUCAUUGAUUCGGACUACAAAUCGUAGAAUAUCGAAGAAUAAUUCGAAUUCGUCGACGAAUUCUUCAAGUUCUGGAUCAUCGUCGAAUUCUGAAUCGAGAUUUUAUAAGAUUAUUAAGGUGUUUCUGAUUGUGGUUGUAUGUUUACUUGUGAUUGAGCUUAUUGCUUACUUUAAAGGAUGGCAUUUCAGACCACCGUCUAUAGAUUCAGCUUUGAGUUUUGAGAAACUUGUGUAUGCGAAAUGGUUGUUGAUAAGAGCAGAUUAUUUAGCACCUCCGUUACAGGUUAUGUCGAAUUUUUGUAUAGUUUUGUUCUUGAUUCAAUCAGUGGAUCGUAUUGUCUUGAUAUUAGGGUGUUUCUGGAUUAAGUUUCGGAGGUUGAAACCCGUUCCAUUGAUGGAAUUCAAUGAUGGAGAAGGAGGAGGAGAUGUUGAAGAUCAGAAUUCUGAGGAUUAUCCAAUGGUUUUGAUUCAGAUCCCUAUGUGCAACGAAAAGGAGGUUUACCAUCAAUCAAUAGCAGCUGUAUGCAUCCAGGACUGGCCUGCAGAUAGAAUGCUAGUUCAGGUUCUUGAUGACUCGGAUGAGUUAGAUGUGCAACAUCUUAUCAAGGCUGAAGUUCAAAAAUGGCAGCAAAAGGGUGUGCACAUAAUAUACAGACAUCGACUUAUAAGAACUGGCUACAAGGCAGGAAAUCUUAAGUCAGCUAUGAGCUGCGACUAUGUAAAGGACUAUGAGUUUGUUGCCAUUUUUGAUGCAGACUUCCAACCUGGGCCUGAUUUCUUGAAGAAAACGAUCCCCCAUUUUAAGGGGAAUGAAGAUCUUGCACUGGUUCAGACAAGAUGGUCUUUUGUAAACAAGGAUGAGAACCUGCUUACAAGGUUGCAGAACAUAAACUUGUCUUUCCACUUUGAGGUUGAACAACAGGUGAAUGGCAUAUUCAUCAACUUUUUCGGUUUCAAUGGGACUGCUGGUGUAUGGAGGAUCAAAGCUCUUGAGGAAUCUGGCGGCUGGUUAGAAAGAACUACAGUUGAGGAUAUGGACAUAGCUGUACGUGCUCAUCUUUGUGGAUGGAAGUUCAUAUAUCUAAAUGAUGUUAAGUGCCUUUGUGAACUCCCUGAAUCUUAUGGAGCGUAUAUAAAACAGCAGCACCGUUGGCAUUCUGGCCCAAUGCAGUUGUUCCGUCUGUGCUUCGUUGACAUCCUUCGUUCAAAGAUAAGUGUUGCAAAGAAGGCAAAUUUGAUAUUUCUGUUCUUUCUUUUACGGAAACUCAUUCUACCUUUUUAUUCAUUCACACUCUUCUGCAUCAUUCUCCCACUUACCAUGUUCUUACCAGAAGCGCACUUACCUGCUUGGGUCGUAUGUUACGUUCCUGGAGUCAUGUCCAUCUUAAAUAUAAUUCCUGCACCAAGAUCAGUCCCAUUUAUCGUCCCUUACCUUUUAUUUGAGAACACAAUGUCAGUAACUAAAUUCAAUGCCAUGAUAUCUGGACUUUUCAGAUUAACUAGUUCCUAUGAGUGGGUGGUUACUAAGAAGUUGGGAAGAUCGUCAGAAGCUGAUUUGAUUGCUUUUGAAAAAGAAUCCGAGACUCAAGCUGAAACCACAAGUCUCAUCUAUAAAUCUUCUUCCGAAUCAGGCCUAGCUGAUCUAACCAAAUUAGAAAUCACCAAGAAAUCCAAAAAGAAAAAUCGUUUGUACAAGAAGGAACUUGCUCUUGCGUUUAUUCUAUUAGCUGCCUCUGCCAGAAGUUUAUUAUCUGCUCAAGGGAUUCACUUCUACUUUCUAUUGUUUCAAGGGAUCACAUUCUUAGUCGUUGGUCUUGAUUUGAUUGGGGAGCAGGUCAGUUGAUCUCAUGGUUCUUGACAGUUAUCCAUAGAUUUUGAUGUUGCCUAUCUCAUUGAUUUCGAGGCCUGGGGCUGGGAUACAAAAGGUCACAUUGACCUGAACUGUACCAUUCUUUCAAAGGUGAAAUACUCAAAAGCCCCUUGCUUUUGCUGUUCAUACAUCUGUUGUUGUAGCACCCAGGUAAAACAGACCACAAAUUUCUUCUAUUUAUUGGCAGAGAAUGAUUGGUAUGAUCUUUCUCUGUUUACUGUAAAAAAGCUUGUUCUCAGUUUGAAGACGAAAAACACAGCAGACCAUGAAAGUUAUGAGAAUUUCUCUCCCUACUCUCUGUGUAGAUCAGUAGUUCUGUGCAUUGAUUCUCUGUACAUUAUCCUAUAUCAAGGUCAUAGUCAUUCGAUUGUUUAGAUGUUUCAUUAAUUUUUUGGCAUUCUACCAUACUCUGGUGGAAAUGAAAUUUCUUUUUGAUUUUUCUUGCUGUAGCUUGACAAGUUAGAGUCUAGUUAGAAAGGGGAAAGUAAAUCCUUCCUGAACUUCUUUUUCUUUUUUGUAAGUUUGUAUUGAUUUAUUGUGUAGAUCGCAUUUUUAAAGUUGAUGCUUGUAAUUGUGUCUCUCUUUUGCAACAAUGUAUAUUUCUUUCUUCUUUUUGUAUAACGCUUAAUGAAUAAAUUACCUCCAUU